AUGUCCAAGCCAAUCGUUCUUCAGCUCGGCGACGAUAUCCGCUGGAACCAUGAGCUCUACGACGAGUUCAAGUCCCAGUUCGAGAUCCGCCGGUCUUACAGCAUGCCCCGGGCCGAGUUCAUCCAGGCGCUCAAGACAAAGGCCUUUGGUGACUUUUUUGCCAUCUACCGCCCCUUCUGGAACACGGGAGGCGAGAUGGGUAACUGGGAUGACGAAUUGAUCUCAUUAUUACCUUCGUCCUGCAAGAUCUACGCCAGCGCUGGUGCUGGCUUUGACUGGGUUGACACGGCCCGUCUCGCAAAGCAAGGCGUCACAUACUGCAACGCUGCUGCAGCUUGCACAGAGUCAGUAGCCGAUGCAGCAAUCUGGCUCAUCAUCUCCGUCUUUCGACAACUGAGCUGGUCCAGCAUCGCAGCUCGCUCGGGCGACAAGGAUCAGUUUAUCGACGCAAACCGAAAUCUGGCCCCCAUCUCUCGAAACCCCAGCGGUUUCAGCCUCGGCAUCAUUGGCUUCGGUCGCAUUGGCCGACGCAUCGCCGAGAAGGCCUACAAGGCUCUCGACAUGAAGAUCCUGUACAACGAUGUUGUUCAAAUGCCCAAGGAGGUUGAGGAACCUCUUGGUGCUGUCUUCCACAAGUCUGCCGACACUCUUCUCGCCGAGGCAGACUGUGUUUUGGUCGCCACACCAUUCGCCGGAGAAGCUCUGCUCAACAAGGAGGGUCUGGCCAAGAUGAAGAAGGGAGCCAAACUUGUCAACAUUGCCCGAGGCAAGCUCAUUAACGAGGCCGACCUCGUCGCCGCCCUUGAGAGUGGUCACUUAUCAGCUGCUGGUCUUGACGUGUUUGAGAAUGAGCCUCACAUCAGCCCUCAGCUAGUCAAGAUGAAGAACGUCGAGCUUCUGUCACACAACGCCGGUGCUUCACUGGAUUCGCAUAUUGGUUUCGAGAAGCUGGGAAUGGAGAACAUUAUUUCUUUCAACAAGACUGGAAAGGCGAUUUCACCGGUCAACGCUCAUCUGAUUAAGCAAAGCAAGCUGUAG